AUAGUAUUUAGUGAUCGCAUGAUAGGUGAUCUUCUAAAACGUAUUCUGUAGAUUAUAGGUUCCAUUUCACAUAUGGUGCACAUGAUGCAUCAUUUAUCCUUGUUUAAUCUUUUUAGUGAACAACAAAAAUAAGAGAACGAUUACAUUGCUGCUGUGCUGCUUGCUGUGCUGAAGUGGUUUUCGCAAUAUCUCCGGUAUCUGUACACACCUCCUUACACAGCUUACGAUAAAAAGCAGAUUUGAUGCUUGAAUUGCAUCAGUUCCAAUAAGUUUCAGCUAGUGUGCUUAGUUUGAGCGAAAUUAUUAUCAACGCAUUAUUAUGGCAUUACCACCGACAUUAAAGACCUUAUUUAAAUAUAUAGACGAACAUAAACAGGAUUACAUAGAUAACUUGAAAGAGGCAGUUGCUAUUAAGUCUGUAUCAGCAUGGCCAGAUCACAGAGACGAGGUGAUCAAAAUGAUGAAAUGGGCAGAAGUGAGACUAAAGAAUCUUGGUGCAACUACAGAAUUGGCUGAUGUAGGCAAACAGGAUCUUCCCGAUGGUAGUAAAAUUCCACUGCCUCCUGUGUUACUUGGAAAUCUUGGUUCAGACCCAGCAAAGAAAACGGUGCUUUUAUAUGGACAUUUGGAUGUACAGCCUGCAUUAAUGAAGGAUGGAUGGGACACCGAGCCUUUUGUCCUUACUGAAAAAGAUGGAAAACUUUUUGGCCGAGGCAGUACAGAUGACAAAGGGCCAGUUCUUUGUUGGAUACACGCAUUGCAAGCUUACAAAGCAAUGGGGAUCGAUAUCCCUGUUAAUCUUAAGUUUGUCUUCGAAGGAAUGGAAGAAAGUGGCAGUGAAGGCUUGGAUGAACUUCUUUGGGCAAGGAAAGACAGCUUUCUAAAAGGCGUAGACUAUGUUUGCAUAUCAGACAAUUAUUGGCUGGGCACCACAAAACCAUGUAUUACUUAUGGUCUACGAGGUAUCGCCUAUUUUCUAAUAGAAGUUGCUUGCGCUGCUAAGGAUUUGCAUAGUGGUACCUUUGGUGGAUGUGUACAUGAAGGCAUGGCAGAUCUGAUUUACUUAAUGAAUACGCUGGUCGACGUUAACGGUCGUAUUCUGAUAGAUGGCAUUUAUGACAAUGUAGCAGAAUUAACAGAAGCUGAAAUAGCUACAUACAAGGAUAUAGAAUUUGAUGUGGAUGAAUUUAGAGUAUCAGUUGGAACUGCAAAACUAGCGCAUAAGGAAGACAAAAUUAAACUGUUGAUGCAUCGUUGGAGGCAACCCAGCUUGUCUAUUCAUGGAAUAGAAGGUGCUUUCAGUGAGUCAGGAGCAAAGACAGUGAUUCCGAGUAAAGUUAUUGGUAAAUUUUCGAUUAGACUAGUGCCUGACAUGAAUCCAGACGAGACAACUAAGAAGGUUAUUGCGUAUAUAAAUAAGAAAUGGCAGGAGAGAGGUAGCCCAAAUAUCAUGAAAGUGUCGAUGUUCCAUGGUGGCAAGCCAUGGUCCGAGAAUCCCGACCAUCCGAAUUACAUAGCUGGUCGGAAAGCUACUCAACACGUUUACAAUGUAGAGCCUGAUCUCUCUCGCGAAGGCGGAUCGAUACCAGUUACGCUGACUUUCCAGGAAGUUACUGGUAAAAAUGUAUUGCUUUUACCAGUUGGUCAGGGUGACGAUGGUGCACAUUCUCAGAAUGAAAAGUUAAAUGUACAUAACUACAUCCAAGGGACGAAACUACUUGGAGCUUAUCUUUAUGAAGUAGCUCAUGUGUAGUACUUCGCUGUUGGCAUUUCUUAUCUUGGGAUUAAGGUGUUUGGUAUUGUUAAUCAACUUUGAAGCAUUGAACAAAUUUGGUAUAAUCGGAUUUUGACGUAUUUUUUAUUAUAGAAAAAUUGUAUGGAAACAUUUUACAAGAUUUAUGUACAUGUCUAAAAAUAAUAUAGAAUAUAAAAUAUGUUCUUAUUUCUAAAAUACAUGCAAGUUUUUAAAAA